CCCGCUGGCUGCCCCUCAGCUCAUGGCGCAUGUUGCCACCGAAGUUACUGCAAGUCUACUGGAGAAUGGAGCAAAAAUGGACACUGCCGGUUACUUGGUAACUUAACGUUAGUAGUUUUGGGACGUGUCUCGAGUCACCUCCCACUCUGGCAUUUUCCCACAUCAAUAUGCAGUGUGUGUAAUAUAUGUUAUCAACGGCAACAACAAAAAAACAUCUGAGGCACGACUAUCUACUGAAUAAAAACCUCCGCCCCCCCUCCAGCAAUAAGAGCCUACUCCACUGCAAAUAACCAAACAUUAACGCCAUCCUCCGGUAGGCUACUAUUUUUUUUUUUUUGGGACUGACAGCGGUUACAUGCUCUGCCCAGUCAGAUUUGUGCAUCUGCCGGGACUGGUGGUGGGAGGACGUCGGCCAGUCUGCACUGACUGCAGCAUUGCGAUGCAGAGAGGGAGAAUAAGAACGCGAUAAAGAGUAAGAAGGAGCCGCACGCCUGAAGCCCGCCGCCGCCGCAGCAGGAGCCUCCUGUGCAGACAGAGUGCAGGGAGGUGCCGGUGGAGUUUCUGCGCACACACCUCUGGACGCUGCUACCGGAGAGGGCCGAGGUGUCUCUGCAGCGACGCAGCUUUUCAGAGGGAUACCGCCUCGAUACGUGACUGCGAGCCCAAAGCUGCCGAGGCUCGGAAUCUGAGAGGGAGGGGGGGGGGGGGGCUAAGGCGGCACCCCGCCCGUCCUGCCUCAUUUGGACUGCAGGGAUAACGACCUAAACCGUGAUAUCCCCGCGCAUGAACCACUGAGCAGGUGUUGGUGGCGGCGCUGUCAUCCUCCGUACACCGCUCUCUUCUACCCGCACCUCUGCGCCAAAGGCUCCCAUUGCCAUUGGAUAACAUGAAAUAAGAGUGGCAAAGAUUGGGACUGUUGUUGGAUAUCUUCUACUUCAACGGUUGUGUUAGGAUGCAAGGACCGGAAGGGCCGAUAAUAGGAGCCUCUGUGGAGAAGCAAUCAAGACGAUAUUUCUAAAGCCCCCAUAUGUUUCCAGCCAAGACAGCCUCUUCAGACCAACUCUCAUUGAGCCGACAGGGAUAAAUCAGUAGGCUAAAAUGUGUCUUCACUUUGACGACCAGCCCAAUCAAUAAGAAGCUCCUACCCAUCUCUGCCUCUUCUCGGCCCUUCUCAUCAAAGUUUUUUAUUCGUAGUUGUCUCUUUACCUAUCGGACAACAUGCGUCCUUCCCUCGCCACGGCAGUCCUACCGCCCAGGACCCGUUCCCACAAUCCACCCACCCUCGCAGUCGGGGGCCGUGAACACGUGGCAGCGCCACGAAGGCGCAGCCCCCACCUCCGGCACACGCUCAGCCCGGAGAACCUGCGGACCCUGGCGGAGAGGGGCGGGGCCGCCGCCGACACCGUCUCCGUUAUCAGUAGUCCAAUCGGGCUUCCGCGGGCCAACAGUGACACAGACCUGGUGACCUCCCAGAGCCGGUCCUCGCUAACGGCGUCCACUCUGGAGUACACGCUGAACCGCGGCCAGAACCUGGUCAUAUCCUGGGACAUCAAGGAGGAAGUGGAUGCUACCGACUGGAUCGGGCUGUACCACAUUGAUGAAACCAGUCCGUCCAACGUAUGGGACUGUAAGAACAGAGGGGUGAAUGGCACCCAGAAGGGUCAGAUCGUUUGGCGGCUGGAGCCCGGGGCCUACUUUAUGGAGCCUGAGACUAAGAUCUGUUUCAAAUACUACCAUGGAGUGAGCGGAGCCCUGAGAGCCACGACCCCCUGCAUCACUGUGAAGAAUCCCGCAGUCCUGGUGGAGGGCCUGUCAGAGCAGGUAGGCAUCGAACAUCCACGGAAACUGAUCAGCUUCACGUUGACAGAUCUGCGUGCCACUGGCCUAAAGAAGGGCAUGUUUUUCAAUCCGGACCCAUACCUUAAGAUGUCCAUCCACCCAGGGAAGAGGAGCGUCUUCCCCAUCUUCAGCCACCACGGACAGGAACGCCGAUCAGCCAUCAUCGCUAACACCACCAACCCCGUCUGGCAUGGAGAGAAAUACACGUUUGUAGCGCUAAUGACGGACAUCCUGUACAUCGAGGUCAAGGACAAGUUUGCGAAAAGCCGACCGAUCAUCAAACGCUUCCUCGGUCAGCUCACUAUCCCUGUGCAGCGACUUAUUGAAAAAAUACCCGGAGUCCAGCCUGUGAGCUUCCCCCUGUGUCGGCGCCUGCCUACUGAGCACGUUAGCGGCCAUUUGCAGUUCAAAUUGGAGCUCACUUCGACCGGGCCUGAUGGUGCCUCUCCUGAGUCUAUCAUUGGCAUUUCAUCCUUGAACGGAGCUCCAGGGACUCCAUCCGAUGAUGAAGACCUGCCCCAUCAUCUUCCAGGAGUGGUCUCUUCAGGCCCUUCUCCUACCGGCUCCCAGGGCUCCCAAGGCAUGUGGGAAGGUGGGGCCAUGGCCUACCCAGAAAAGGACCUGCCUCUCGUUGGAGCCCAGGGCAGAUUUGUGGAGCAUGAAAGUCUGUCUUGCCAUGAAAUGCUCCAGAGGUCCCUCAGUGAGGGCCUGGCUGCUAUCGAGGCCCCCAAAGGCCCCGGUGAGAGACCCCUGGGAGCGGCCUCACCUAAACUGCGCUCCAGCUUCCCCACACACACAAGGCUCAGCGCCAUGUUGCACAUUGAUUCGGACGAGGACGAUGAAAGGUCCGGUGCAAAUGACAUUGUUCCGGUGCCGCUGUCACCGCUGCUGAUGAAUGGCGAACCUUCAGAUGUGGGCGGCCCAGAUGAAGACAACCCGUUUCCCGAGCUCCACCAGGAGCCGGAGCAGCUGGAGCCCUCGGUGCUGGAGGAGGAGGCCGAGGGUGCAGGCCGUGGGACAGAAGACGCGCCCCCUGAGGCAGAGGUGGCCCUGGAGAUGGGGGCAGGUCUGGACUUGGAGGAUGUUUUGGAGCUGGACGUCUUCUCCGAAGUGGAUGAGGCUCCUUUCACAGAGGCGUUGUCCCAUAAUGCUAUGCCAGAGGGUGAGGUGCAUGAGGAAGGAAGGGAGCCUGGCGAGGACCCCUCCUCAGAGAUUGACACCUGUUCCAUGGCAACAGCCCCGCAGACAGUCUUCUCAUCAUCAGAGAGCUGUCCAAUCACAGUGACAGCUGCUGUGGAAGCGGAGGAGGGAGCGGAGGCGGCCAUAGAUCCAGGGGGAGACGUAGUCUCCGGAACCCCACCAACUAAUCAAGCUGUAGACGAUGAAGGGGGAGGGCAGGUGGCUGUCACCGAGGCCGCAGGAGAAGCCCCCCCAGCCAGCGAGCAAGUGGUGGUGGUCGCAGAGAUCACGGUGAGGAGGCUGAGCCUGCAAGCUGCCGGGGGCGGGGCUGCAGAACAGGAAGGGGCGGGGACAAAGCCCCACACGGGCUCCGCUGAUUCAGAGCAAGCCACCACAGAAACAGAUGGAGAGGAAGGCACUCACGUUAACGGCCAUCCUGUUCGCUCGCUUCCUUCUGUGCGUCAUGAUAUCCACCGAUACCAACGUGUUGACGAGCCUCUUCCUCCCAACUGGGAGGCUCGGAUCGACAGCCACGGGAGGAUCUUCUUCGUGGACCACGUGAACAGAACCACCACAUGGCAGCGUCCCACCGGACCCCCGGCGCCGCAGGGCCUGACCCGCUCCAGCUCCAUCCAGCAGAUGGAGCAACUCAACCGCAGGUACCAGAGCAUCAGGAGGACCAUAACCAACACUGACCGCUCAGAGGAAACCCCCGUUGACCUGAUUCCUGAACCAGAAAGUGAACUGAUGCCUCACUCCAUUUCGGAAUACCGGCGAGACAGUGCAGUGGCUCACUCCAGUGGUCGCUCGCGUCUCUCCCUGCUGCUCCAGUCGCCCAGCGCCAAGUUCCUGUGCAGCCCCGACUUCUUCACCGUGCUGCAUUCUAACCCCAGUGCCUACCGCAUGUUUACGAGCAACACCUGCCUGAAGCACAUGAUCAGUAAGGUGCGUCGGGACGCUCAUUACUUUGAGCGCUACCAGCACAACCGCGACCUCGUCACCUUCCUCAACAUGUUCUCCAACAAGCAGCUGGAGCUUCCCCGCGGCUGGGAGAUGAAGCACGACCACACUGGGAAGCCCUUCUUUGUGGAUCACAACUGUCGCUCCACAACCUUCAUCGACCCUCGGCUACCCCUCCAGAGUUCUCGCUCCACGGGGCUGUUGGCCCACCGCCAGCACCUGAGCCGCCAGCGCAGCCACAGUGCUGGAGAGGUGGUGGACGACUCUCGCCAAGCCAACCCGCCCAUCCUGCCCCGACCGUCCAGCACCUUCAGCGGCUCCAGUCGAAGUCAGUACCACGACGUGGUUCCUGUGGCCUACAAUGACAAGAUAGUGGCGUUUCUACGGCAACCCAACAUCGUCGAGAUCCUGCAGGAAAGGCAGCCGGAGCUUGCCAGGAAUCACUCGCUCAAGGAGAAGGUGCAGUUUAUUCGCAGCGAGGGAGUCACGGGGCUGGCUCGCCUCUCCAGCGAUGCUGACCUGGUCAUGCUGCUGAGCUUGUUUGAGGAGGAGGUGAUGUCGUAUGUGCCGCCAUUACUCCACCCGAGCCACUGCCUCUCGUCUCCUCAGAGCUCCCCUGGCACCCAGCGAGCUAAUGCCCGCGCUCCGGCUCCCUAUAAGCGAGAUUUUGAGGCUAAACUGAGAAACUUCUAUCGAAAGCUGGAGACCAAGGGCUAUGGACAGGGACCCGGGAAAGUCAAGCUCAUCAUACGCAGGGACCACCUCCUGGAGGACGCCUUUAACCAGAUCAUGUGUUACUCCCGUAAAGACCUGCAGCGGAGUAAACUUUACGUCAGCUUCGUGGGCGAGGACGGGCUGGACUACAGCGGACCCUCCAGAGAGUUUUUCUUCCUGGUGUCCAGAGAACUGUUCAACCCGUACUACGGCCUGUUUGAGUACUCGGCCAACGACACAUACACUGUCCAGAUCAGCCCCAUGUCUGCCUUUGUCGACAACCACCAUGAAUGGUUUCGCUUCAGUGGGCGUAUCCUGGGCCUGGCCCUGGUCCAUCAGUACCUGCUGGAUGCCUUCUUUACCCGACCUUUCUACAAGGGGCUUCUUCGCAUCCCCUGUGACCUGAGCGACCUGGAGUUUCUGGACGAGGAGUUCCACCAGAGCCUGCAGUGGAUGAAGGACAACGACAUCGAAGACAUGCUGGACCUCACCUUCACUGUCAAUGAGGAGGUCUUUGGACAGAUUACAGAGAGGGAGCUGAAGCCAGGCGGGGCUGGUAUCCCUGUGUCCGAGAAGAACAAAAAGGAGUACAUUGAGCGGAUGGUCAAGUGGCGUAUAGAGCGAGGAGUGGCCCAGCAGACGGAGAGCCUGGUCCGAGGCUUCUAUGAGGUGGUGGAUGUGCGACUGGUAUCAGUGUUUGAUGCCAGGGAGCUGGAGCUGGUGAUUGCAGGCACUGCGGAGAUCGACCUGGCUGACUGGAGAAACAACACCGAGUACAGAGGAGGUUACCAUGACAACCACAUAGUGAUUCGCUGGUUCUGGGCCGCUGUGGAGAGGUUCAACAAUGAGCAGAGGCUGAGACUACUGCAGUUUGUGACAGGCACCUCCAGUAUUCCCUACGAGGGAUUCGCCUCUCUACGCGGCAGCAAUGGACCCCGCAGAUUCUGUGUGGAGAAGUGGGGGAAAAUCACCUCCUUACCCAGGGCUCACACUUGCUUUAACCGUCUGGACCUUCCACCGUACCCCUCCUUCUCCAUGCUGUACGAGAAGCUGGUCACCGCCGUAGAAGAAACCAGCACGUUCGGUUUGGAGUAGCCUCAAAACGGCCAGGUUUAACUUGGGAGACAGAACCAUCUGGAAAUCCACCUUUCUCACUUAAGAGAGACAUGGAAAAUAACUAAUAUCCUCAAAUGGCAACUAACAACCCCCCCCCCCCUCUCCACCCACCCCCUAACAACUCUGCUGUUUUUUUCGACUGGCUUUUCAGUCACUCAGCGCUCAGCCUUCGUUCCGAUUCUCUGCCUUUCUGUCACAUGUCUACUAGAGGUCAGUCGAGUAAACAUCUUCUUGAAGAAAGGUGGAGAAUCGGAGUAUGGCUUGGAAAGCUGUACAGUACCAUAUAUUGUUUUCAUGGUUACCUUUGCUCAUUGAGCCACAUGUGUGCUUAUUUCUUCAGUUAUGGCCUUUGUGUACUGGCUUUCUAGCAUCUCCCCCUCCCACUCCUCCUCCUCCAACCUGCACCUCAGAGACAGCUACUCAAAAACCACAAAGUCCCCCCUCCUCCCUCUCUGGACCUCUAAACUGUGUCCUUUCUGCACUGGGGCUGCAACGUUAUGAACUAUAAUACAUACACACACACACACCAAUCACCUUCGCAUAAAACACACACAAACAUGACACAUUUUGUUUUUAUUGAUGGUGCAAACCAGUGUUUCCCCCAAGAUUUUUUUUUAUCAGCAUGGAAAGAUGUGACAUUUUAGACUUAGAAACUGGAUGUUGGCUGGUCCUCCUUGUCUGUCUGAGAGCAGGGGAUACACUAGUGUGCACACACACACACACACACACUCACAGAUAAACAUACACAAAUGCAUAAAACCAGUUGUUCUAAGACUGAAAAUACACUUGUUUUCACAGUCGUGUUUCCUGAAAAAGCUGGACAAUGAAUCACAACUCAUCAGUGACACUUACGGACCCAUCGUGAUAAUGAUGGCAGGUUCUGGUCAGGACUGUUACCUUCAAUAUUGCGACAUCAGAGCUCUUACAUGGGCACGAAAGGUAAAGACAUAUCUGAGACAUGCAGCCCUGUUUCUGCAUACACUCAACAAGGUAUCCAGUAUCACAAACACACACAAUAUUAUAACAUUAGCCUUGAUGCUGUGGGUGCACUUUCUUACAGUGUAACAGAUGCACUCACUCCACUAAUACAGAUCGAUUUACAGACACAUUUCAGUCAGAUGGAUGUGCAGGGUCCCUUUCUUCCAAACUGUUCCACACAUUAAUCAUGGGCAAUAGAUGCACUUUCUCACACAGACAGAUGACGUCAGCUUAUAAGUAUGACCCACAAGGUCCUUUAUCACUGAUGUAAUCCUCUUUCCAUCCUAUGAAAGUGAUGAAUGUACCAAAUAAGUGACUGAAUGUAUGGACCUCAAGUAACUCUGUCCGUGGGCCCUGAAGAAGAUUCCAGGGAAACACAAAGUGGAGAGUUGGAGGUGGAGGGAAAAGAAAUCAAACGUGACACGGUUGCUUGAGGAACGAGGACGUGCUUCACUCGAUGUUGGCACCGGAUUAGGCCUUGUAAGCUGAAAGACACUGGCCUGGUGUCACCCAGAUACCUGGUCAGGGAGCAGUGUUGGGAUCUCUUUAGUGCCUCUUGGGUUCCCCUGACCAUAAAGUGAAAUUUCAUAAGGGAAGUGAUUUUAUUUCCUUGUAAAAAAGAUGGCAGUUUAAAUUCCCCAGACAGAUAUCAACACAAGGGGGCAGUAAGGUGUGCUGUCAUUACUCUGGCACCUUCAAAGCAAAGAGCCAGGGAUGUCCUUGUUUGUGAAUGACCUGACCAGGUGUGAUGAAGAUGAUGUUGUCAGGAACAAGCAGCAGCCUUUAGUGCUGUAUGGAUAUUAUACUUUAGAACGUUUGGCAUACAAGUCCAUGCCAGGCAAUAGUUCUGUCUAUAAAGCAUGUGAUAAAACAUUUCUCUAACUCUUAAGCGCACGACCCAAACCCUGAGGACCCUUUCACUCAGUCUCUCACACACUUUCUUACAUGCACACGAAAACACACACAUACUCGUUUUCUAUGGGGUGCAUGCACGAUUACACCUACUGUACAGAGUCCUGUUGGAGCUACACCACAGGGGCUGGAAUAGUGCUAGUGAGCCCCACAUGUGAUGCCGAGAUGUGGAGGCAGACUUUCAUAUCCCAGCCCCCCCUCUCCCAGUCCAAUACUGCAUGCGGGAUCCUCCCGGUCAGCUCUGUGAGCUGUGCUGGAGCAGAAACCCCCCUAGAUGGCGUUGUGUUAUAGCUCGAUAUUGCAUGCUGAAAUAGUGCAACACACUGUCCUUACUAGCUUUUUUUGCAUGAGGAUAUUGCUAUCCAUUCAGAAAAAGGUGUGAGGGAGACAAUUAGGUUGCGUGACUUUGGUUGUGGCGCUCACUUGAGGCAUGCGGCCUUAUGCUUACCUGGCACUGUCAUACCUUGAGUGUUAAGCUCAUGGGAACAAGGUGUGGGAAAUAGGUGCUUUAGUCACUUAGUUUUAGCUCUGGGAAUGGACAAUGUGCGAAUGCAAUAGUUUGUUUUCUCUAUGACAGUGUAAUGGCGAGUAUCUCGGCAGCAUGUUUAAAAAAAUGUUACUUUCACAUGUGCGUGUCUGCCUAUCUUAGUAAUAGGUCGAUGGUUAUGGUUCAUUGCUCAUGAAUCAAUAGGGCUGUUUUGAUUUUGUGAAACGUGAGAGCACAUGUGCGUGUACCAUGUGUGUGGUCCUGUUUGUCUCUUUGUAUAUAAAUGUAUAUGUAUGUCUGUCCUGUUGUGUGUGUAUAAAUAUAUAUUUUGCACCGAAUGUACCAAAGGUUUGGGGCUUGCAAAGUCAACCAUUUAGGCCUGCUCUCGAUUUCUGUCUAACAAACACAUCCCACUUCUGGCUUCUGCCAAAUCCUUACAGAGCAUCACCUCAUGUUUGCUUGAGGGGCAGAUUUGUGGCAUGGGCAACAACGCUUCACGUUAGGAUAUACAGUACAGUACAGUUUUAACGUUUUCCAUUAUGAGGCUUUUCUGCUGCAGAAGAUUGGUAAGAUUGAGUACUUGCUUCACAUCCAAAUAAAGACAGGCUCCAGUUUUCAGAAUUCCACUCUAUGCAAAGCUCCUGUAUGUGUGUCUCCAUUUCACCCCAAUGAUUGUAAUAAAAGAGAACAAAUGGAAAAUUGUGA